UGGGCGGGCGCGGAGAGCGACAUGGCGGCGCCGCGGCCCUGCGCGGAUGGGCCCUGCUGCUCCCACCCCAGCGCGGCGCCCGGCGUGCAGCAGACGCUAGACGAGAUGGACUUCGAGAGGGGAAUCUGGUCGGCAGCCCUGAACGGAGACCUGGGCCGAGUGAAAUAUUUAAUCCAAAAGGCGGCGGACCCCAGCCAGCCUGACUCCGCAGGCUACACGGCUCUACACUAUGCCAGCCGCAAUGGGCACUACGCCGUGUGCCAGUUCCUACUGGAGAGUGGGGCCAAGUGUGAUGCCCAGACGCACGGGGGAGCCACCGCCCUGCACCGCGCCAGCUACUGCGGGCACACGGACAUUGCCCGGCUCCUGCUCUCGCACGGCUCCAACCCCAGGCUGGUGGACGCCGACGGCAUGACCAGUCUGCACAAGGCCGCCGAGAAGGGUCACCUGGACAUCUGCUCCCUCCUGCUGCAGCACAGCCCAGCCCUGAAGGCUGUUCGGGACCGGAAGGCCCGGCUCGCCUGCGACCUGCUGCCUGGCAACAGUGACCUGCGGGACCUUCUGGCCAGCUGAGUCGCCGCCCCGUCUCAGACAGCGCCCGAGGACUCAGACUGGCUCUCCCAGCCCCCAUCUGGACAGCACCCCAGCCGCAGGGUGAGCGCCUGAGGCCAGAGGAGCCCGGCAGAGCCUCGUUCUGGCCCGGCAAAGCGAGGGGACUCAGAUUGCGGGGCGCCAGGGUGGCCGCCUGGACAGAUGAUUGUAUUCUAAAUUAGCUCAUGUGGGAACAUCUAUCCGUUUAGAAAAAAUAAAGUCAUAGCCUCACCUCAUCCCCUGCACAAAAAUAAAUUUGGAGUUAAGACCCAAAUCUGAAAAUAUAAAACUCCGUAAGCAUGAGAAGCAGCUUUGGAAUACGUGACACAUGAAAAGCUGCUUUCUAGCCAGGUGACCUUGGCACAAGUCACUGUCCCCCCUGUGUCCCGCGUCCCCAUCUCUCGAGAGGAGUGACUGUGGUGGGGUCCGUGUGCGGAUGAGACAAGUGAAGAUCUGAGGAGCACUGGCGGGGUGCCCAGAGCCGUGCAGACAGCAUUUGAGCUCCCACCUCCCCAAAACCUGACCCACACCUGCAUCUAUACCAUAAUUUCAUUCAUGUUAACUGCCCGAGAGACAAGGUGCUAUUGCUUUGUUUUAUGUUGCAUUCACUGCUGAUAUUACUAGUGAGGUUGAAUGCCUGUCUUCUGUGACCUUGUUCAAAUUUAAAGUUUUUAAUUUUUAAAUUUUUUUUCUUUUUUCAGAGGAGUCGUUUAUGUACUUUGGAUAUUGAUCCUUUGUUUUGUGUAUAUAUCUAUAUGUAUCUUUUU